GCACACUGGUUCCAUUCUGAUCGGCUAUCGCACAGUUGGCUCGCGUCCUGAACGCGCAAAGGAAACUUUGAUUCUUUGGAUCGAUUUGGCGGCACCUUUCUCGACCACAGAUCUGUCCGUCCUAAACACGCUCCCAAGAGCACACACCGGUGACCCGAUAUCCACAACGCAAAAUGGCAUCGCCGGUACCGUUGCUCCGCCCGCCUGUACCUGGUGCAGGCCGCGCAGGAUCAGCCAACAAGCUUCCGCGACUUGGUCUCGCCAUUCCAGCAUCUCCAAAUCAGAGACCCGUGAACAGUGCAGCAGCACCGCCUAUGUUGGACAACCCCGCUCUCCCACCUCUAUCAAUCCCGAGGGCGCAACCGCCAAAACUGAGCCUUGCUACGCCGAUGGGGACAUCACAAACUCCCCAAGAAAGCACGCAGAACCGGCGACGCGGUCCUACACUAACUCUCAAUCCCGGACAAUCAGCGAGCAGUGGCGACGAUUCGGCGCACAGCCGUACCAACAGCUUCGGCAAUAGCGCCAAUCCCAAUGGAUCCGUGUCUACCAAUUCAUCCCUCGAUUACAUUGAUGUCCUGCGGAGUAAAGAGCCUGAAUCUGCAUAUGCUGGUAGUCCGGCUAAUUCAGGCGUGGGGAUGGAGAGGGACAACAGCAUGCAGGGAUUACUACCCGACCUAGAGCGAUUACGGCUGGAGAAGAAGCGAGAACUUGACGUGGAAGAUCUGGAUGAUGCGGGUUGGAAAGCUGCGAAAAGGGAAGGACUCAUCGUAGAAUUAGGCAGCCUUGGUGAGGGUGCAGGAGGUGCCGUCACAAGAUGUAUCCUCAAGGGUGGAAAGACAGUCUUUGCUUUAAAGAUCAUCACCACCGACCCGAAUCCCGACGUCAAAAGACAAAUUGUACGAGAGCUGUCAUUCAACAAAUCCUGCGCGUCUGCGCACAUCUGCCAGUAUUAUGGAGCCUUCAUGGAUGACACUGCCGGCACCAUCGGAAUCAGCAUGGAGUUCUGCGAGGGUGGAUCUCUGGACAGCGUAUACCGCGAAGUCCAAAAGCUUGGCGGACGGACCGGCGAAAAGGUCUUGGGCAAAGUCGCCGAAGGUGUGCUCAACGGUUUGACCUACCUGCAUGGUCAUCGGAUCAUCCACCGAGAUAUCAAGCCCUCCAACAUUCUUCUCACACGGAGGGGCGAGGUCAAACUCUGCGAUUUCGGUGUCAGUGGAGAGUUCGGUACUAAGGGCGACGCCAACACCUUCAUUGGAACCAGCUAUUACAUGGCACCGGAGCGUAUCACCGGGCAAAGCUACACCAUCACGAGUGACGUGUGGAGUCUUGGAGUGACUCUAUUGGAAGUGGCUCAGCAUCGAUUUCCUUUCCCUGCGGACGGCACUGAGAUGAACCCUCGUGCCGGACUGAUUGAUCUUCUCACCUACAUUGUCCGCCAACCCAUCCCGAAGCUUAAAGACGAACCCGAGAAUAAACUGAAGUGGAGUGAAAACUUCAAGUACUUCAUCGAGUGCUGUCUGGAAAAAGAUCCCGCUAGACGCGCAACACCGUGGCAUAUCCUCAAGCACCCUUGGAUGGUGGAGAUGAAAGCCAAGCGAGUCGACAUGGUGCAGUUCCUGACCACAGUAUGGGACUGGUCAGAUUGAGUGGGGUUCACGUCCGGAUCUCGCACAUCGAGCCAUGACACACUAUUGACCUGGUUGGUCUCGAACGACCAGGCACACCCGCCACAGAAGACCCAAAUUCUUGCCUCAUUCGUGGGCCUGCGCGCAGGACUGCUGCGCAAAACGCCCAUAGACCGAGACGAUUCGUUGAUGGUCGGGAAUCGUCGCUCACGAGUUGCUCGAGGUAUGUCCGCAUAGAGG